CGGCGUCCUUAAGGAGGCGAAAUCAAAACUGGAUUUAAAGGAGACAAUUGGCGUUGAAGCAGUACAAUUUCGUCGGGCGGUCACCGGGGCUACUAUUAUUCGCAUCCCCGGUGCCACCAGCGCUUCGAAGGCUGAUGUCCUGGCGCAGAAGCUCCAAGAGCUCUACCGGGACAACGACAUCAAGGUCACCAGACCGGAAAAGUUAGUUGACGUCAAAAUUGAAGGUCUGGACGACUCAACUACACCGGACGAGGUCAAAGAGGCCAUUCUGAAAAAAGGGGCAUGCACCGGAGACCAGGUCCGAACCGGCCGACUCCGCCAGAACAGAUCGGGGCUGUUCGACAUCUGGGCCCAGGUUCCUGUUGCAGCAGCGAAGAAGCUGACGACGGGCCGCUUCUUGGUGGGCUGGGUGGCUGCUAAAGUCACCGUUGGCAGACCCAGGGAGUUACGUUGCUACCGCUGCCUGCAACAGGGCCAUGUGGCGAGCCGCUGCGACGCGGAGGACCGUAGCCGGCUCUGCUACAAAUGCGGACAGGAGGGCCACAAAGCCGCGUCUUGCCCGUCGCAACCAAAUUGCGUCUUGUGUACGGCGGCGGGCAAGGAUGCCAAACACCG